AUGGUGAGGCCCUGCCUGACCGUGGAAAAUCAGUCAAAGGUGCUGCGCUGGCUUGCCACAGAGAUCAUAAACGCAAUCCAUCCAGAGGAGACGGUGGAGGACCUUCUUGCAAACCCGUGUCUGCUCCACUCGUACAUGCUCAAAACAUCCGUGGACUGGCAUUGGAUCUCUAACGAGGUUGGCGUGGACGAGAAGAAGGUUUCUCGUUGGUACUAUGAAACGCACCUGCGCCACAUCCUAACUAUAAAGAUGACUAACGAAGACCGUGGAGAGAUUCGCAAGAUUAUCAUCAAUUGGAUCCGCUGCCAGCAAGUUCCAGACGAGCGGCUUUACCAAGCAAUUCAUGAGAAGUUUGGAAAGAAGUACUCGCGUCAAGAGCUACGGAUGACGUACUACAAUAUGCUUAACAGUCGUUGCAUACGGGCCGUCCUUACUGAGUGCAAUAUUCAGCGUCCGACAAGGCGGAGAAGGCCUCCUGAAACAGAGCGUGCAGGGCUAUCUUCCUCGACCGUCCUUCACAUACCCGGGUAUGCUUCCGGUCCUCAACCAGCCCCCUUAGACCAUAGAAAGUUGUCCCAGUCAAGUACUCACAAGUAUUCUCCAGAAGCAGCCUCUUUCUCUCAGAUUGACGUCAAGGCAGAAAGUGGACUGAAUAACGAUAUUCCAGAUGAACCCGUUACCUUUAGUCCUCUUGCAUUCCAGAGCAUUGCCCAACAGCAACCGUACAUUAAGCUACUCAAUCUACAGUCAGUCCCGCUCUCCCUCGAUAUUAACGGCCAAUUAGCAUGCAUCCCCCUAAUCAUAGUUGAGCCAGGAGCCAACAUCUGGUCCAUUACUCCCAAUGAGGAGCCAGUGGGAGGCGCUGGACAGUAG